CAGCGAGCAUGUUCCCUAGGAUAAUCGUCGUGUUGGGCCUGGCAGCUGCCUCUCUGGCCGCUCCGUCACAGCCUCCCUACGGGUACUCUCCUCCCCCCUCCUACCAGUCUCCAGCUCAGUACAACUUCGACUGGGUCGUGAAGGACGACUACUCCGCCAACGACUACAGCCACCAGGAGUCCCGCGACGGCUACAACACCCAGGGGUCCUACUACGUGCAGCUUCCCGACGGUCGCCUGCAGAAGGUCACCUACCACGUGGACGGCGACUCUGGCUACGUGGCCGAGGUCACGUACGAGGGACAGGCUCAGUACCAAGCCCACCAACCUUCGUACCAUCCUACCCCUUCAUACCGUCCUACAAAUAGCCCUUCAUACCACACCACCCCUUCAUACCAUCCUACACCUUCGUACAGACCUACUCCUGCUUACAGGCCAAGACCUCAUCACUGAAAAACUAAUUUGUAAAACAUGAAAACGAUAUCCAUAUUUGCUAUUUUUGUAACUGCCCACCAGCCACCACAUCACCCAUUCGUACCAUCCUACACCAGCAUACCAGUAUACACAUAGCCCUUCAUACCACACCACCCCUUCAUACCAUCCUACACCUGCUUACAGACGGAGUACUUAUCACUAAGCAAUUAAGCUACAAAAGAAUUUUAAACAUAUAAAAAGUAUUUAUACAUAUAUUUUUGUAUCUU